AUGGGAGUCUAUGUCAUCAUCUGUAGGAAAGCUGCCAAGUCUGCCUGGAUAUUCCUCUGGUACUUCAGAUCAGCACGGCAAGUGUCCGAAACCUUUGAUGAGCCCCCAAGGAAAGAUAUUACCAACAUUCACGUACGGUUACUCCUGCUAGAGGAGAGUAUUGGGAUCGUCUGCGCUCAGCUGUUCCUCGAUCUCCACGGACACUCGCAGAAGAUGAAUGUUUCCUUCUAUGGUUGUGGUGUGUCCAACAUCGCGUGCGCUGUCUAUCCUAAACUGGCGUCCAAGGCUACUGAGGAUGUCUCCUUUGAGUCGUCGCGAUGGAAGUUCGCGAAAGCCCAGUUGAAAACGGCGCGGUCUGUCGCCUACCGCCGAUUCGGCGUCAUAAACAGCUAUACUGUCGAAUGCAGCUUCUACGGCUCGGACUGUGCCUCUCCGCCCUACGUGGCAGAGUUUGAUCAGACGCGCCUUGCCAGCAUCGGAGCAGCCCUAGGGCGAGCGAUGGCUGCAUACUUCCAAGUACCCGUCGAUCAUCGACUGGAUCCUGUGGCUGUCGGCUGCGAGUGGCUGCACUUCGAAGACUUAGCAGGGGUCUCGCCACAAGCCCUGUUGGAUGAGCUACGAUUGGUCGCCGCAACAGUGCACGACCUGCCGUCUUCGCUCGCCGGUGAUGAGCCCACGGCCAAUAGUGAUUCUGAGGACGAUGAACCAGCCAAGAACACGGCCGUAAUGCCGAGAGUUCCGAGCGAGCGGCCGAAGAGAAUCGUUGGAUCGCGUUUGUCUAUCCCGUUGAGGCCUCGAGCUCGGUCUACCCUGCCACCGUUGGUUGGAACUCAGUUCGCUAAUGGGCGUUCCCGAGCUGUUCGAGAAUCGCAACAGAGCAAUAAGUUCCUCUCUGGUCGAAAGGGCUUUCUGCAAGGGCCGGUUGGGCCGGCAUUGGCGAGAGAACAGAAUGCACAGCCCAAGACAAGGAGACGACGUGGCUCUAGGGACUCGGGCCCUAGUGGUGCCAUGAACCUUGCCAAUGGCAUCUCCUCUCGCAAGUCGUACGUUGCUGCCGUACUGAGUGAAGUCAAAGCAUCGCCACGGAGAGCAUCACAGUCGAAGGGAAGUAAGCAGCAAUGA